GGCCGACUGUCUAGUAUAUAUACAUAAUGAACCUAGUAAGAUAAGACAGGCACAACUCUGACAUGCUGUAAAUAUGAAGUCGACAAUAGUUUUGGUAGCACUGAUCUCCUGCAUAUUUUUCAAUAUUGCAAAUGGUAAUGACGAAUAUCAAGUGUAUCUGACGACCGGGGACCAGUCCAAGAAACUGUCCCAUGAAGCACCAUGUCGAGUGACGUCAUCGCAUAAUGGCUACAGCGUAUGGGUAGACAGAAGAAAACGUAGACAAACUAUAGAUGGAUUUGGCGCUGCUUUGACAAACUCUGCAGCUUACGUUAUUUACCAUAGUCCCGUCAGGCAGCAGAUUUUGCAAGAUUUAUUUGGAAAUGGAGAUAAUGAUCUCGGUGUAAGUUACAUCCGUCUUCCAAUGGGAUGCUCAGAUUUGAACGCUGUUCAGCCCUACACCUAUAACGAUAUCCCGAAUGGACAAACUGAUUUCAGUCUCAACCAAUUCAGUAUCGAUAAAGAUCGUGCAUUUGUCAUACCAGUAAUUAAAGAGGCCUUGUCCAUCAACCCGACGCUAAAAAUAAUGGCCACUCCUUGGUCGGCACCAGCUUGGAUGAAGAAUAAUCGCAAUCUGAAUGGGGGAGAUUUUGUUGAUAGCUGGAACUACUGGCAAACAUAUGCCCAGUAUUUUGUCAAAUUUAUAGAGGCGUACAAAGCGGAAGGCAUCACUAUCGAAUCACUGACUCUCCAGAAUGAACCGCUUCUUUCACGUAAUGACUACCCCACUAUGAAAAUGAGUGCUGGCCAACAGCAGGCAUUCAUUAGGGAUCAUUUAGGACCUUUGUUUAGACAACGAAACAUACACACCAAGAUUCUUGUCUUCGAUCAUAACUGGUCAGAUUCUUGGUAUCCAGAACAGGUUAUAAGCGAUGGGAAUACAAAACAAUAUGUGUCUGGUGUGGCAUGGCAUGGCUAUUCUGGAAGACACGACGCGCCAGGCGUAUUCCAUGGAAAACUUUCAGAUGUUGGUAUGUACUUUUCCGAAAUAUCCGGAGGGUCCUGGGAUACGAAUUUUGCCAGUAUUCUAACUUGGGACACGAGAAUAAUCUUUAUUGGACAAACAAGAAAUUGGGCCAAGAGUGUUCUGCUAUGGAAUAUCGCUUUGGAUCAAAAUCACGGACCAAAGGUAGCAAAUCUUGGUGGCUGUAAUGAUUGUCGUGGUGUCAUUACAGUUCAGAAUAAUUACUACAACAAGAAUGCCGAAUACUAUGCCCUGGCACACAUGAGCAAGUUCGUGAAACCCGGUGCAGUACGGUUAGAAUCGAACUAUGUUAGCUGGGAUGAUCUUCGAACGGCAGCAUUCGUAAACACAGAUGGGACCACCGUCAUUGUGGUUUCUAACCCAAAUUCCAGCAAGUCCGCAACCUUUUCUCUAGAUAUAGAUGCCAAACAUUACCAGUACAAUAACCUACCACCCCAGUCGGUUGUGACAUUUGUGAAAUAAAAUGAAAAAUAUUAAUACACAAUAAAGUUAAUGUGUUCAUAUGUU